AUGACCUUGGUACCCUGCGUAUUCCAGGUCGACAUUGUCCAGAGGCACCCGAGUGCUGUCUUCUCUGCCGUGCUCAACAACGCCGCCAUCCUCUUUGUCGCGCCCAGCAGUCUCCCUGUCGCGCUGAACAGCGCCGCCGUCUUCUCUGCCACGCUCAACAGUGCCAUGGUGCUCCAGACGGAGCUCAACGCGAUCCAUGCCACUCUGAGGUCUGGGGGCAUGGUCGUGCACAGGUGCGCCACGUUGAACUGCUCUGCCGCGCUCAACAGCGCCGCUCCCUCCCUUGUCAUGCUGAACGGUGCUGACAUCUUCUCUGUCAUGCCGAACAGGGCCAUGGUAUCCCAGACGGAUCCCAACGCGAUCCAUGCUGCUGUGAGGCCCGGGGACCUUGUCGCGCAGAGGUACGUCAAGGGUCUGUUGUCGCCCGUCUUCUAUGUCCCGCUCAGCUGUGCUUUCGCGACCCAGCUGCGCUCCAACAUCGCCCGACCUGUCUUCCAUUCGAACGUGGAGCUCUCCAUGCUGAAGCUCCCCGGGCCCUCUGCUACCGCUGGCAAGCGGGGUGUGUCGGACAUCAUUACAAACCUGUUCGGUUUCCUUCCAGGUUCCAGUUGUCCCACCGAGCGCUCCAACAAGCUCGUCGCGAACUUGCUGCACGGACAGUCGGGCAAGGAACGCGGCAUCGGACUCGCGGUGUGCGGCUGCAAUCGCCCGCGCAACGGCCUCUCUCGCUCCAGCAGGUAA